UUGCUGUUGGAAGUGAUGAACGAUGUGAAUUCACGUUCAGCGGACGGUAGUACAGCACUGCAUUUUGCAUGUGAGUAUGGGCGAAUAGCCCGGGCAAAAGCACUGAUUGCUAAAGGUAUCCCAGUGGAUGCAGCAACAUCAACACACGGUGUUACCGCCCUCCACAUGGCCUCCCGACAUGGCCAUGAUCUUAUCGUCAAGCAUCUUCUUGUUGCCGGAGCUCAGUGCAAUCUAAAAACGAAAUCUGGACAUACGCCGUUGCAUCUUGCUGCUCUACAUGGUUAUGUGAAUGUUGUACGCACGCUGUGUAACAAUGGAGCGGAUGUCAAUGAAGUGGACAAUAUUGGACGUACCGCACUGCAUGCUGCUAUACAGUCUGCAAGUUCCAAUAGUGAAUUUGUAAUCGACUAUCUGCUGAGCGCUGCUUCGACAAGUGUGCUAAAGGUGGACGUGAAAGGACGUUCAGCGUUGCAUUAUGCGGCGCGAAGCGGAUUCUUCCAUGCUCUGCAGAAACUGCUUGGUGCCGGACUGCAGCCCACCGAUCAGGAUCAUCGGGGUUGUACACCGCUUCAUUAUGCAGCUCAAGCGCCAUCCGAUCUCGCAUUAAUUAGUACCAAAGUGUUGCUGCGUGCCGAUGAUACAGUUGCGCAGAUACGUGAUUUGGUCGGUUUUUUGCCGAUACAUUAUGCGGUAAAAGCUGGUAAUCUGGACACUGCUCAAAUUCUGGCCGAUGCGAUGACCGAUAGAACAGCACCAUCUUCGGGGAUCCCGUACAACUUGAACGUCUAUCAUAUUGCUGCUCGUCACAACCAUGCUCAGUUGUUGCAGAAGUUAUUAGCAACCUAUCACAUGUAUUCGAUGUUGCUCGAUAAGGAAGAAGCAGCAAAGAUCAGUGGUACAAUUGGUCUUGAAUUGGAUGCAUAUGAACGACUGCCUAUCCAUUAUGCAAUGUCAUACGGUUGGUGUUACAGUAUUUCUGUGGUAAAUUUGCCUACAGUACCCCAUACAGUACUCCAUGCCUCAUUUCGCACCGAUUCUGCCAUCUGUGUUUGCAGUUCAGGGGUGAAACACAGAUAG